AUGCAGCUCUUCGCCGACUCGCAGACGCACUUCGCGGCCGUGUCCGAGGACAGCCGCCUCAAAGUGUGGGACGUGGCCAAUGGUGCGUUGCAGCAGGAGCUUAAGGAGCGCGACCACCUUAGCUACCGGUACACGAGUCUGGCUUGGACACAGCCUAAGACCAAGAGCAAGAAACGCAGCGGCGAUAGCGACCUUGGACUGUUAGCUUUAGGUACGAACAGCGGCGUCAUCGUGGUCUGGGAUUUGGCUACGGGCGAAGUCAAGCAUACGCUGCAGGCGGACGCUGCACACGGUUCGGGCGCCGUACAGGCUCUGGCCUUUAACCCUCAGGGAUCGCUGUUGUACUCGAGCUCGAGUGACAAGCACGUGCUCGAAUGGAAUGUAAGCAGUGGUAAAGUGGAGCGUAAGUUCCGCUGCGGAUCGGGCGGCGCGUCGGCACUCGCAGUCUCGGCUGACGGAGAGAUUCUGGCGGCCGGCGGCUCGGCGCUGCGUACGUUCGAUCUGUCCUCAGGCAAGAAGAGCAGGAAGCUCGUGUCAGGCCUAUCGUCCGCCGUGACGCAGCUGCGGUUUGCCAACGUAGAAACCGGUAUCGAGUCGUCCAGGUUCCUGUUCGCUGCCACAGCCGGCGCACGUUUCGUCAACAUGUACGACCUGGAGCUGACGGAGCACGACGCGCCGGCGCUUACGUUCAGUCUGCCCAGCAGUGCUGACACUGUGUUUGCUCGCGCUUCGGUGGGCGAGGCCGUGACGAAGAAGAGCAAGAAGAGUAAGAAGAGUAAGAAGGAAAAGGAGGCUGCGAAGCCUGUGAUUGAUCUUCUGGUAGGUGCCACGGCUGCAGCCGGUGCCAUGUUCCUGUGGACACACAAGUACCAACAGGUGGACGACGCGUCAGAGCUGGCACUGGCAUCCAAGCCGCUGCCGCCCACGCUCUCGACGGCUGAGAGCGCUGGUAUUCUAUUGGCCGAACUCAGUACGCAGGAGGACAAGACGGAGGUGCUCGUCGCUCGUGGAUCUCUCGUUAAACCUGUGUUUGAGACAGUCUCUCCAGUGGAGGAGAACGCUCCGAGUCAAUGGAAGAAGGAGCUCGAGUUUGCUGAGAUCAGUGACGCGCUGCUGCUCACUGCUGAACGUGCCGACAAGAACGGCAAGCGGCAGAAGGUGGAAUCUACUGCUGAAGAUGAGAAGACCCACGUGCCGACACUGAGUGAACGUCGUGCACUGGCCAACUCCAUGGCAGUCGUGGACGACACUACCAGCUUUGAGGACCUGGACGGUGAAGAGGAUGAAGAGGACGAGUUGACGCUCGCUGAGCGUGUCGAGGCUCUGCGUGAACGCGUGGAGGGUGACGUGACUGCUGCUCUUAGCCGUGCGGAGCGCGAGGCUGACAGCCCGGAGGAUAAGGACCGCGACAAUAAGCCUGAUGCUUCGUCGCUUGCUAGUGUUCUAGAGCAGGCACUGCAGGCACGUGACAACGCUCUGCUUGAGUACUGCCUGCGUACACGUGACAUUAAGGUGGUGACCAAGACUGUGGCUCGUGUGCCUGCUUCGCGUGUGCUGGCGCUGUUGGAGGUGAUCGUUCGGAAGCUGGAACGCUCGCCGAACCGCUUUGCACGUCUGUGUCCGUGGCUGCGUGCGGUGCUGCUGCAUCACACGGCAUACCUGGUGGCACAGCCUGAUCUUGUGCCUAGUCUGUCAGCGCUGUACCAGCUCUUGGAGACGAGAUUGCAGGUGCAUGAGCAGAUGCAGAAGUUGUCCGGUCGUCUGGCACUGGUGCUGGGCCAGAUCCACGUCAACAACGGCAGCAAUGAACAGGAAGAUGACGAGACGCGUGCCGCUGUGGUGUACCACGAAGGAGAAGAGGAGGUGGAGGUCGAUGGGGACGACAGCAGCCAAGAGGAGGAAGACGAGGACGACGUAGAGACUGAAGACGAAUGA